AUGUUCCGUAACUCUGUUGCUUGCACUACUUCUUUCUCGGCUGCCCGCGCUUCGUUGAAGCAGGCUGUCCGCCCGGCCCGCCAGGUCUGCCAGAUGUCUACAUCCAGCGCCAAGUCGGAGAGCAACGCCGGCCUCUACUUCUCGCUGGCUGGUCUGGCUGGCAUUGGCGCCUGGGCCGCGAUGGGUGGAUUCAACGGUGAUAUCCGCUCAAAGAUUCAGCAGAUCAGCGCGGAUGAGGGCGAUGCGCUGUCCAGCGAUGAGUUCCGUCCUUUCAAGCUUAAGGAGGUCCGUCCAUACAACCACGACAGCUCUGUGUACAUUUUCGAGCUCCCUGACAACAAGAAGUCGGGUGUGUUCACCGCCUCAGCUAUUGUCGUUCGUGGCGCUGGUGAUGAGCCAAAGGACAAGGACGGCAACCCCGUCAUUCGUCCAUACACUCCUAUCAACAAGCCCGAAGAGAAGGGUCAGAUGGAGCUCCUCAUCAAGCACUAUGCGGAGGGUAACAUGACCCAGCACUUAAAGGGCCUGAAGGUGGGCGAUGAGAUCCGCAUGAAGGGCCCUAUCCCGAAGCACAAGUACAAGGCCAAUGAAUUUGAGCACAUUGGUCUCGUUGCUGGUGGCUCCGGUAUCACUCCGAUGUGGCAGCUGAUGCAGACCAUCUCAUCGGACUCGCAGGACAAGACGAAGGUGACUCUUCUGUUCGCCAACAAGACGGAAGGAGACAUUCUCCUGCGCGACCAGCUCGAGGCCCUGAAGAAGGACUCUCGCUUCAACGUUGUCUACUUCCUUGACAACAAGCCGAGCGGCUUUGACGGUGAGGAGGGCUUCGUGACCAAGGAGGCUGUGGAAAAGUACCUUCCUAAGCCUAGCGAAGGCAAGAAGGCCAAGAUCUUCGUUUGCGGUCCCCCGCCGAUGUACAAGGCCCUCUGUGGCCCGAAGGGUGAGAAGGGUGCUCAGGGCGAACUCUCUGGUGCUCUUAAGGAACUCGGCUUCACACAGGAGCAGGUGUUCAAGUUCUAA